AUGACCACCAACCAUCCCAACAUCUUCAGGUUCAUCACCCUUAUAAAAUCUGAACAAUCAAUGACAGAGGUGACCAUCAGUCAGCUCCAGUCUGGUGGUAAGAAACGCCCCAAGAAGAAACAGUAUCGCCAACUGGAGCAUGAAAUAGACCGCCUGAAAGUCUGUCUUCCGAAUAAUGGCAAGACAAAGAUGGAAUAUCGAGAUGCCGUCUCCCAUCUGGGGAAUCUGAAGAAACCAGUUAUGCCUCAAGUGAAAAAUGCUAUCGUGUAUUCUGAGUUACGGUCUACACCCACUUUCAGAUUUGCCAGUUAUCAGACAGAUAUAGAUGGUGGCGUCUCCGAAUGGCAGGAAUGGGGUGAUGUCACAUGUGCCCAAACAUGUGGAGUAAAUGUGACCGGCACAAGAACGAGACUGAGGAGCUGUGACAAUCCGUUACGUCAGAACAAUGGAAAGACCUGUGUGGAACAAGGACUUGUGCAGCAGGAGUCUUCACGGAUACUGUGUGACAAUAUACCGGAGUCCUGUGGUAUCCCAGUUGAUGGUGCAUAUGAGGAAUGGAGUUCAUGGUUGGGAGAAUGCCCUACAACCUGUGGCCUCAAUGUUCGAUACGUACGAAGGAGAAAUAGGACAUGUGACAGUCCUAAACCACAAAAUGGUGGCCUUGACUGCCAAGGUUCCCAUUCUGAAGAAAAGACUAGUCCAUGCGACAUACCUCCUUGUCCAGGUGACAUAGUUGAUGGUGGUUAUGGAGAAUGGAGUCAGUGGGCUGGAGCGACGUGCACAAAGACUUGUGGAGUCGGAGUAACCGUUAAUAUUUAUAGAAACAGGUCAUGUGACAGCCCUGCACCACAAAACGGUGGACUUCCAUGCAGUGGUACCAACUAUGAAUCAACAUCCAUGGAGUGUAACAUAUCUCCGUGUCCAGACGAUGUCGUUGACGGCGGUUACAGCCCAUGGGGCCAGUGGAGUGCUGAUAAUUGCUCUGCAACAUGUGGAGUGCAGAUUACAAAGCUGCUGAACAGAUAUAGGCGUUGUGAUAGCCCUGUGCCAUUAAAUGGUGGAAAACCAUGUGAAGGAUCCUAUUAUCAACAAAAGUAUGAAGUAUGUGAAGGCAUUCCUCCAUGUCCAGGUCAAGUCGUGAAUGGCAGUUUUAGUCAGUGGAGUGAAUGGACACAGACUUCCUGCCCAAAGACUUGUGGAGUCGAUGUGGAAACUUUACAGAGAAGGAGUAGGGCAUGUGACAACCCUCCUCCAUUCAAUGGUGGGCUUCCAUGUGACGGUUCAACUUCUCAGGAAAGAAAUUGGAAAUGCACGAAUCUAUCUCCAUGCCCAGUUGAUGGUGGAGUGUCAGAAUGGGGAGGGUGGGACACUCCACGGUGUCCAACAUGUGGGGAGAAUGUUACAGGAGUAUCAUUAAGGCUGCGCCCAUGUGACAAUCCUGUUCCUGCCAAUAAUGGAUCAUUCUGCAUUGAACCAGUGCAGGAGAUCGUCGUCAGAUCGUGUGAAGUCGCUCGUUGUCCAGUUGAUGGUGGUUUUAGUGAAUGGGGUGAAUGGAGUAACCCUGACUGUCCUGUCACCUGUGGACGUGAAGCCAAGAAAGUAGUUUCUAGAAAUAGGAAUUGCACCGAACCACCUCCACAGUUUGGGGGAGCCAACUGUACAGGACCAUCCGAAGAGAGUGCAAACAGAAGUUGCAACCACACAGAAUGUCCAAGUAUGUAUCUCUUAUAA